AUGGUUUUCAGUAUAAAACCCCGAGAUCUUGUAAAGACAGUGAUAGAGCCAUUCAUUAUAGCAGCAAACAGACAAUUGAGUGUGGUUCAUCCAAUCUAUAAGCUUCUACAACCCCACUUCCGUGAUACAUUGUACGUCAAUGGUUUGGCUAGGCAGAUCCUCAUUAAUGCAGGUGGAAUACUUGAAUCGACCGUAUUCCCAUCCAAGUAUGCCAUGGAAAUGUCUUCUGUCAUCUAUAAGAAUUGGGUGUUCACUGAACAGGCACUCCCUGCAGAUCUACUUAAAAGAGGAGUUGCAGUGCCAGACUCAAGCCAGCCUAAUGGCCUUAGACUCCUGAUAAAGGAUUAUCCUUUUGCGGUUGAUGGACUUGAGAUUUGGUCAGCAAUUGAAGCCUGGGUUGACGAAUACUGUUCCUUCUAUUACUCAACUGAUGACAUGAUCCGUGACGACACUGAACUCCAGUCCUGGUGGAUGGAAGUUCGCAAUGAAGGUCACGGUGACUUGAAAGAUGAAUCAUGGUGGCCUCAAAUGCAGACACGAGCUGAACUCAUUGAAACAUGUACAAUUAUUAUAUGGGUGGCUUCUGCUCUUCAUGCAGCUGUCAACUUUGGGCAAUAUCCUUAUGCUGGUUACCUCCCAAAUCGUCCAACAGUAAGUCGAAGAUUCAUGCCUGAGCGAGGCACCCCUGAGUAUGCUGAGCUCGAGUCAAACCAUGAACGCGCCUACCUAAAGACAAUCACAGCUCAGUUACAAACUCUUAUGGGCAUCUCAUUGAUAGAGAUGUUAUCUAUGCAUUCUGCAGAUGAGAUUUAUCUCGGGCAACGAGACACUCCUGAAUGGACUUGUGAUCGACAACCACGACAAGCAUUGCAGAAAUUCAGUGACAAGUUGGUUGAAAUCGAAAACAGAAUAAUGGAUAGGAACAAUGACAAUAUAUUGAAGAACAGAAAUGGACCUGUAAAAUUGCCUUAUACAUUACUAUAUCCAAAUGCCACAGGUGACAAGAGUGCAACAGGACUUACUGGCAAGGGAAUCCCCAAUAGUGUCUCAAUAUGAAAGUUACAUGACAUUGCAAUGGUUUGUUGUAUAUGAAAUCACACAACUUCAACGCUAUCGGUACUUUUUUCGUUUCAAUUUGUUUGUCUUGCUCACUAUUUGGACAGUCACAUGACAUUCUUCUUUG